AUGACAGUAACAGACGACACUGUCAAGGCGGUGCUGGAAGAUCGACUUAGCCGGCUAUCGGAUCUCAGAUCCACACAAAGUGAGGCUGCGUACUUGAAUCUGGCAUCUCCUGGCAAACCUGUCAACACGGAGCUUGAGAAUGGUGCCCUGCGUGAGGGAAAGCCACUGCAGUUGUUAUCCAAGGAAUGCAUCGGCCUACUGGCUCAGUACGCAGGUGUGGGUUUCCUAGCCGGUAUCAUCCCUGGUGUCAUUUACCCCGUUCUCCAGGGAUACCUCAACGCAGAGGGCACUAUCGUUGUCUCCGCCACAGUAUUGGUGCAGAUUCCGUGGUGUUACAAAAUGUUCUUUGGUGUCAUCAGUGACUGCUUCCCUAUCAUGGGCUACCGUCGCCGUCCGUACAUGGUGCUCGGCUGGGUAUUCUGUGUUGUGAUUCUUUUCAUUAUGGCGGCGAUGUCCGUCCCCGACCCGUACUACGGAGACUCGUCGAUGCACGACAUCAACGAAGAAGACUGGACGGAAGAACAAAUUGCCAGCAUCAAUGAGAACGCAUCAAACUCUGCAGGCAAGUAUGUGGUCCCCAUGAUGCUCGCAUCAUUCGGCUACUUACUGUGUGAAGUGGCUGCCGAUGCCAUGGUCGUCGAGUACGCACAACGUGAACCUAUCGAGCAACGUGGUCGCGUACAGACCGCCGUAUACGCCGUCAAGACCUCGUUCACAGCCGUCGGUGCCGCUGUCAUUGCGUUCUUCAUGAACGGAGAGGAAUACGCCGGCAGCUUCGACUUCUCACUCACAUUCCAGCAACUUAUGUUGAUCUCGGGUAUUAUCUGCGCUCCUCUGGUGUUCGUCUCGUGGUUCUUGCUGCACGAAGAACGCGUCAAAGUUAAACCGACGUUCGGAGAGUACAUGUCGUCGUUCUGGGGUAUGCUCCAGCAACGUGCUAUUUACCAGAUCGUGGCGUACAAGUUCUUCUCCGGAGUCUUCAAUAGCUUCAACAUCGUAUCUUCCAGUAACAUUAAGUUGUACUGGGUGCAUGCUACGCCGUUCAACAACAGUGUGAUGACAAUUGUCGGUACCAUUUUCUACGCCACAACGCUUGCUCUUACGGGUAAAUAUGGUCUGGACUGGAACUGGCGCUACAUCAUCAUCAUUACUAUGUGCGGAGCCCUGUCGAUCGAUGCCUUUAUGACUAUGCUGACGGUCUGGGACGUUGUGCGCAACCAGUGGUUCUGGCUCGGUGUCCCCGUUAUCGAGUAUCUGCCGGAUGGUAUCCGCUUUAUGAUUGCUACCUACGUUGUCGUUGAGCUGGCUGAGGCUGGCCACGAAGGUGCUCUAUACGGUCUGCUGACUGCAACGACGAAUUUGACGACUCCGUUCGGUCGCUCCAUGGCUAAGCUUGUCAAUGCUCAGUUCCAUGUGUGGCUCAAAGAUAUCCAAGCAGACACGUACAUAGUCCGUCGUGACGUAACCAUCACGAUUUGGAUCUGUUACGGGAUGAAGCUCUUGUCGUUGGCGUUCCUGCCUCUGCUUCCUCGUCAGAAGGCGGAGACUCAAGAGCUGAAACGCACGGGCGGAUCAAGCCGAGCUAUGGGUAUCAUCACGGUUGGGUACCUCGCCUUCGCGAUCGUCUGGGCAACUUUGGUGAACUUGUUGUCCAUGUACGAGAGCACAAUGUGCUGGAAAAUUACUGGCGGAUGUGCCCCGUCGUCUUAA